AUGCUCAACAUGUCUGGCAGUCACAUCGCGGGAAACCGCAAUAGCACCCCAGAGGCGAACACUACGCCCUCCCUCCGACCACCCUCCUCAAGAGCUAUUGGCGCCAACAGUCACCUUAGGGCGUCUGCCGACAUGGCCGCACUCUCUAACUCGUCGCCCUCGAGCCGCAUCCGCCCCUCGUCCGACUUUUACGGUUCCCAGCAGGGCCAGGGUCACGGCAAUCCAGACACGGAUCCUCAAGAUAAGAUUGCGCAACAGUGGAUUGCCGAUAUUGAUCAGUAUGAAACGACAUUGGAAGAAAUGGCCGCGGCCACUCUGGACCAGGACUUCAAGGAUGAGUUGAGCGCCAUUGAGCAGUGGUUCAGAGUUCUCAGCGAGGCCGAGCGCACUGCUGCUCUUUAUGCCUUGCUGCAACAGACUACACAGGUUCAAAUUCGCUUCUUCAUCCAGGUCUUGCAACAGAUGGGCAAGAAUCACCCCAUGUCGGGCGUUCUGUCCCCAGCCAACUUCGACAAAGGCAAGUGA